CCCAGCCAGCAGCAGAAUGAAACUGGUGUGACUCUUCACUACUGCAGUGAAGAUUUGGUGUCUGCAGUCCAGUUUGUUGGCAAAUAUCCUCCCAGUGGGUGCUAAUGUGGACAGUUGAAGGGUCCCUUUAAAACCAGGCAGAAGUCUUAUGGAUUGGAUUCGACUAACUAAAAGUGGAAAAGACUUAACUGGAUUGAAAGGACGAUUAAUUGAAGUGACUGAAGAAGAGCUUGCUAAACACAGUAAAAAAGAUGAUUGCUGGAUAUGUAUAAGAGGGCUUGUGUAUAAUGUCACUCCAUAUAUGGAGUAUCACCCUGGUGGUGGUGAUGAGCUAAUGCGAGCAGCAGGAGCAGAUGGCACAGAUCUCUUUGAUCAGGUUCAUCGUUGGGUCAAUUAUGAAUCCAUGUUGAAGGAAUGCCUUGUUGGAAGAAUGGCACUCAAACCUCUUGCUGCUACUACAGAGAUUUGCUGCACUUUACCUGAAGAGAAGAAACUCUUAAAUGGCAUGCUUCCUAAAAAUAAAGUAUUGGAUACUUCUUCCAAAGGUUUAACUCCAAGCUAUGAUUGGUUCCAAACAGAUUAUUUGGUCACUGUUGUCAUAUAUACUAAACAAAAGGGCAUGAAUUCAGAAAUGGUGAUUGUUGACCAUCAAGAUGGUAGACUGAGAGUAGACAGCAUUCUGAGGGAUUAUUCAUAUCUCUUGCAUAUUGAGCUGAGUUAUGCAGUUCAAGAGGACAUUACCGUACACAUUGCUGAAAAAGUGGGAAAGGUGGAGAUUGUCCUGAAGAAAAAAGAUAAUAUUCCUUGGAGUAAACUGGGACAGCCACUCAACAGUCAUAAUUCAUUUAUCAAGUGCACAGAAAGAGGGCUCUACUACAGAAAGUGCAAACUGAUUUCUAAAACAGAAGUCACCCAUGACACCAAACUUUUCUGCUUAAUGCUGCCACAGAGUACUCAUCUCCAGGUUCCUGUUGGGCAUCACAUUUACCUCAAACAAAUCAUUGCAGGUACUGAGAUAGUGAAGCCAUAUACACCUGUAUCUUUUUCUUUGAAAUCUGAUUUCAAAGAACCAUCUCACCAUGAUAAUACACACCUAAUUUUAAUGAUCAAAAUUUAUCCCAAUGGACUUUUCACACCAGAACUUGACCACCUGCAAAUUGGAGACUAUAUUUCCGUGAGCAAUUCUGAAGGUAGCUUCAAGAAGUCGCAAGUUCAAACUUUAGAAGAUCUCUUUUUAUUGGCAGCAGGCACAGGCUUCACACCAAUGGUUAAACUACUGAACUAUGUUCUGACUAAUGUUUGUAGUCUGAGGACAGUGAAGUUGAUGUUCUUCAACAAAACAGAAGAUGAUAUACUUUGGAGAAACCAGCUGGAGCAGUUGGCCCUGAAAGAUAAAAGGUUUGAGGUUCAAUUUAUUCUCUCGGAGCCAAAAAAAGAAGGGACUGGCAAACAGGGAAAAAUAUCUUCAUCUCUCCUUUCUGAGUUUGUGAAAAGAAGCAAAAAAGACUCCAAAGUACUUAUUUGUGUCUGCGGUCCAGCACCUUUCACAGAGCAAGGAAUACAGUUUCUGCAGGAUCUUGGAUAUUCCAAAGAAGAGGUCCAUAGUUUUACUGCAUAAAACAAUACAAGGAUAUGACUGUUUAAUUCAUCAAUCUUCUUUAUUUACAUUCAUAAAUAAGUUUAAAUUCUUGAAAAGAAAAAUAUUUUGUAUGCAUUAAAAUUUGACUCUUGGUAUCAAAAUAUUUCUUGAAUGGUAUAUGCAUUUGGGGUAAAGGAAUUUUAUACUGUUUUCUUGCUUUUGUAUUUUUGCUAAUACUUACAGUUCAGCUAGGAUAUUAAUUUAUUGCAGAGGCAAGUAAAUGUGAACAGUGCAUAUUAGAUUUUUAAUUUUGUUAGCCUAUAACUCUUUCCUCAUAGCUCUGAUUUAUUACCAUCUUAAGUGCUGAUUAUAUAGAUUUUUACUUGAAACACUUUUCUUUACUGUAAAAUGUCUUAGCAAUACUGUCUGAAUUUAUAUAUUGCACUGUUAACUCAGGUAAAUGAUCACCUACACUAUGUUCUUAUUGGUAUCAUGAAACCGUGUUUUAUUUUUAAGUGAUCAAAACAUGUUCUUGUCCUUGUACAUAAUAUUGAUAAAUAAGGUGCUCAUAUGUAUGGCAAACUGUGAGUAAAGAUGCACUAAGUAAUAAAAAGGUAAAUAUUGGAUACUUGUUAAAAUGCACAUGGUGAGUGGCGUAUCACUGUCAUAAAUGAUAAAGUGGAAGACGGAUGGGAAGAAUGAUCAGGUGGGCAGGGCACUAGCCUAGGAGUUGGAGACCUGGAUCCAAGUUCAUGCUGCACCAUAGAUUUCCUGUGUGCCUUAGGCAAGGCAUUUAGCCACAGUUCCUCACUUCUGAAAUGAGUAUAAUAGCACUUCUUUGUUUCACCACUGGUGUGACGAUAAAUACAUUUGAUUGUAAGAUGCUCAGGUACUAAGUGAUGGGGGAAUAUAUAAAUACCUUAGAUUAUGACAUAGAUUGCAAUACGUUAGAUUGUUUGGGUCUGUGCCUCCGUUCUCCAGUUAUUUAAGGUUAAGUAUUGGGUGAUAUGACCAUAAUUUACUACAGAGUGAUAUUUUGGAGAGACAGCAGAGAUAAUCAGCAAAACUAUUUACUUUUGCCUGGUUUUAGGAUUAUAUGGAGCCCCAGCUAUUGCAAGUAAUGUUGCCCAUACAAAAGCUUCUCUUGUGGCUUUUAAUAUUGUUGACAUGCUACUUUACAAAUCUGAAUGGGUAUAUCUGUCCUGCUUCAAAAUCCUUA